AUGAACCCUGCGCCAACUGUAUCCGACGAUCACUCACCUGUCAGUUUUCAGAGGCAAAUAGCAAAGUGCUCGUGUCUGAGAGGUUCGUCGUUUGCCAAGCCCCCGUCGGGUGGGCAAGAGGUAACGGGACGAGGGACUAGGUAUCUUCGUGAUUUGCAGAAGCAGGCCUACAACUGGCAACGUGCUUCAGGCGUCAAACGCUCGUGGGACUCGGCAUUUAAGAUUGGGGAUGAGGUCGACGAGGAGAGCACCGUCCAUGAUGACCAGGUCGCAGCAGAGGUUGUAGACCCACAAUCCCGGGGGUCGUCAGCAUCACAGGGGAGCGAGUUUACAUGCAACAUUUGGACAAGCCCUUUUACAUUACCCUCAACCGUCAUUAAGGACCCGCAUAAGGAACAGCGAAACUGGAGUUCGUCGGCCAUCCAUGUGUAUGAUGUUACCCAAGCUGACACAGGGAACAGUUUGGCUAGCCCCGACCUCGGCAUGGUCCCUCACAGCUCGACUGAUGGUCAUGAUGACCGAGAAGCUUGA